UUAAAAAUGUUUUUGAUAUACGGCCUGGGAAUAUUUAUUAGUUUGUUUGGAGUUUCAAAGGCAGUUAACAUGCCAUCUACUGAGAAAUCUUGGACUUAUACAUUGGAAUCGGUUAAAAUGGACACGGCCAAUAAGGACACUGCCUAUGGGAAUAUGCGCAUCGAUCGAAUUGAACGCGGAGAGUUCGGAUUGAGUGGUAAUCUGACAUUACUAAUAGAUGUAACGCCGGAUAUGGAAGUGGAGGUCCUGUUGUAUCGCAGCACUGAUAGCGGCGCCAAUUACAAAAUCCAACCGUAUUCAUUGCCACGUCAGGGCGUUUUCGAUGCCAUUAAUAAUUUUUACAAGGACAUGAUUAUGCCGAGUGCCGUUAAUUGCUCCAAUUUACCGCAAUUCGAGGACAAGCUAACAGAGUUGCCGGCCCAAAAGUUCCAUUUCGAAAAGUGCCAGGUGAGCACCGACCGUUUUCCGCAACAUAUGCCAGAAGGUUUCAACAAAAUAGUGUUUCAAACUUACGGUGCAAUUGAUCUCAGUGCCGAAAUUGUCGUGCAAAUUGAGAACAAAUCAUUUUAAACAAA